CAUAAAUUUGAUUUUAUUUUUUUUACGUGUCAAUGUAACCUGCAACAAACCUUUACAUCAUUUUUAUAAUCAUUAUGUGUUAAAUUUACAAAUAAUAAAAACCCUGAUUUAAAAACUUGUUCACAAACAUACCCUCAUGAGUUUUAAAAAAGUGUACAUUUGUUCACACAUUUAUUUUACAUAUACAGGUGGAUAAAAGAUGGAUUAUUAUCACUUUAUUUAAAAAUUUACAAGAGGUUCAGAGGCAAAUUCCAACAACUUACAAGUUCUUCUUAAAUUGUAAUCUAAUUAUACACAAAUGUCGUUGAAAAAUUAAUAUACAGAGAACAUAUUCAAUCAAUUCUAUUCUCUUGAUAUGUAUAUUAUCAACAGCUAAUCUUUUUAGUUUCAUGAAAAUACGUCUGUACAUAGGAAAAAAUGGAAUUAUUUACUAGUAUCUAAUUUACAAAUUAUUUGGUAUACAAGACAACAUCACCCCGAAGUGAAUAAGCUAAACAAUAUUGCCAUAAAUUCAUAUCUCGCAUAAAAAGCAUGCAUAUUUCAACAAAUUUGAUUUAUGAGUAAAUAUAUACAUGUAAUGAUGAAACUUCGAAUCAUUACAGAAGAAUGUAUAGUUUUUGAAGAGUGCCAGAAAAAAUGAGGAACACAAGCUUUUUUUCAAACACGUAUACCGCGUGUAUUUUGUCUUUACUACUUAUCGGAAUUCCAAUGGCAACCAUCAUAAAGGUUCACCUUUGUGUAAUCUAAUAUAGGCUAAUAACGAAUUCCGUUUGAGUCUAGAUAGAUAAAAUGGCCCUUGGGAAAAAAAGAGUAACGUGCAUUACACAAUGAAGUGUUUAAUCGCGAUCGCCACCCAAAUUAUCAGUUGGUUUUGUAUUACAAACCUAAAAUGUGAUAUAUUCGUUAAACGUCUACCUUUGAUGUGAAACACUUGUGUACGUUACAAUACAUAGAGGACUAAUGUGAGUAGGUAAAAGAGUGUUAAUUAGUAACAUUCGCAACACGGUGUAAAUUUAUCUACCAAUACUAAAUAAAUACUAAAUAAAUAACAAAUAAAACACAUUUAUACAAGGAAUGAUUUUAUAUAUACCCACUGUUUAUUCUGAUUUGUAUACGUUUUCUUCAGUUCACACGGGACUUGCUGUGUGUUAGUAUUGUGCAGUUAAAGAACACUGCAAACAAAUGCAGAACAGUUCCCAAAUUAAAUGAUGGAGGAAUAAAAUAUCGGGGUUUCCCACGAUCUACUCGUGCAAGCCGUGCGGUUCCAAUUUACAUUCACCUGCAUUAUACCUGAUAAAGUACAUAUCAGUUACAACACAACAUAAACAAAUAUGUAUACUACUUAAAACUCUCUUUAAAUCAAAUAAAGUGUCUGAAAUAAAUAAAUUUUUCUAUGUAAUAUAGUCAUAUUUAACUGUCUUCAUAAUUUGAGACAUACUUUGACACUUAAUUUUGGCCAAAGCACGUGGAUGGUAGCCGGUUUGUUUAGCAUCGGACGCCUGCCAUGUGUAUCUUCGCUGCAGUAUGCAUGGCACGGGCCGCGCAUCUGGCGCGCGCGUGAGGGCCGUCAGCCAAUCGCAUCGCGUGUGACAAUCGGUAUCAAACAAUCUACGCAUGUCGGACAAGCGACUGACUGUCAAUCAACCGCGGGUUACAAUUAACGGGAGGCGUGCGCUUCGUCCGGAGACACAUUUUAAUAGAUUAAAGUGCGUGGGAAACGUAGGUCAAUUUUACUCUGAACGUGGCUCAGGAAGGGAGCAACAUCCGCAAUUUAUUUCUUUUCACAAAUUCGCCUUUUCCGCUUUAAGAAAAAAGAACAUGAAACGAAGCUUAAGCGACAGUGAGGCCGAAGAUUGCUACGAUGAUUCUCUGAAAUCCAGCUCUCCUUCACAAAGUUGUCAAAUUGGAGACAGGAAAAAAAGGCGUGGGGUGAUAGAGAAACGGCGCAGAGAUCGCAUUAACAACAGUCUCUCCGAGCUUAGAAGACUAGUUCCCACUGCCUUCGAAAAACAGGGGUCCGCGAAAUUAGAAAAAGCCGAAAUUCUUCAGAUGACAGUUGACCACUUGAAACUUCUUCAUCAGAAAGGUUUGAAUACUUACAACUAUCCAGAUCCACAAGCACUGGCCAUUGAUUACCGGGGCGUUGGCUUCCGUGAGUGUGCUGCAGAGGUUGCCCGUUACUUGGUAGCAGUAGAGGGGCUAGAUUUACAAGACCCCCUCCGCAUGAGGUUGCUCAGUCACCUUCAGUGUUUCUCCGCCCAACGGGAAGCCGCAGCCAAAGCUUCCCUUCAACAUUCCUCCUGGAGCCCCCUUCCCUCUCACACAGGGAUAAACAGUCAGUACCCGACAAGUGCGAUGACGCCGAUGGGGUCCAUGAUUACGUCACAAUUACCGAAUCAGUCAGAGUUAAACAUGGGUCCUCAUUCGUCCGCACAGGCGCUGUCGUCGUUGUCCUACAGUGAAUCCAGAGUGAGUCAAACGGACAUGUCAUCAUCCUCACUCCACGGGAAUAUGCGAAUUCAGUCCUCUGCUAACAUGUCUUCCCACUCUCAGAUGGCCAGCAUGAAUUCCACGGGACAGGACCCGUUAAUUUCCUCCAUCCCCCAACUAUCCAGUCAGUUCCCAGUGUCUCUUAACUCUAUGAACAUGAUGUCUCAAAACGGGAACUUCAACAGUUCAUCAAAGCCGUAUCGGCCUUGGGGAGCAGAACUUGCCUACUAAAUCAAAAGAACUAAACCACAUUCCUUAAACUCAUUGCGUGGCAGCAAGUGUGGUGUUGUGUUUGUAAAUACAAUUUCUUUUUUUGCUGCUUUCAAGUGCUUUUUCUUUUUACAAUUAAUUUAUUCCGAUUCAUUCUUGGAGUAAACAUUUACAUAUUUUGGAUUUAAGUGCCAUUGUGUUCAGGGGUAUUGCAAUAAGAAUUUCUUUGUACUUACAUGUAUAUUUUUACAAUUUUAUUAUUAUUUUCAUUUUUUUGCCACACUUCGAUGCUUUUUUCUAGUGCUUAUACAUGUGAUUUAUUUUAUUGUUUACAUUUUAAGUAUAUGUAUACAGUAGAGCAGCGCUUUGUUAGAUAUCUUUGUUAUAGAACGCCAGAUUUUUGAUACCUUUUUCCCGUUUUGCGUCCGUGUGCUACGUCAUUUGCUACCAUAACGAGACUUGUCUGUUCAAAGAUUUGCGUUUCUAUUUUCUACAGACAUCUGAUAACCUUUAAACGUUAGUUCCAUUUUGUGUAGCAUUAUGACGCAAAAACGGAAAAUAGGUCUGUAUUUAUUUGGCGUUUUUUUUUAUUCAUUUUCAUUUAUUGACAUUUCCAUUUUGCAAUUACAUGGAUCAACUAUGCAAUAAUUCUUUAAACAACGAAGAUAAGCGAUUACAAAAUAUUCCUCCAAUAUCACAACGAUUUGAGGUUUACAUGCGUUAACUUUUGUAAGUCUGAAUAUUAGAGUUGUUCAGACUGUUACUUUUUAUAUAUACAUUUUUUUCUCCCAAUCAAAAUGAGCAUGCUUGAUUACUUGCUUGACUUUACAUGAAAGUUUAUACAUGAAUAUUUUCAAUUUGAUACAACAAAAUAAACGUUAAUGAAAUAUAAUGUCUGUGUUCCAUUCCUUUACUUUUAUUGCAUAGAUGUGACUGUCGUAUUUUCAUCGUUUUAAAAAUCAUCUCUCUACAAGAAGAAACACAAAGGCGCCGCCAUCUUCAAAAUUUGUUUGCCUUCUCCAAACUCACUCAUGAAAAAAUAUCACACUCCGAUAUUUCCAUUUAAAAUCAUCAUUCAAUUAUUUUCUACAUAUUCUAUUUGUUUGCAGAUCAACUUAUUGCUGUUAUUCCAUCAAUAUAAUUUCAAAAUUUAAUUUUUAAUGUACCGGUAAUUC